AUGGUCAAUGAAGGAUGCUUGAGUAACGAAGAUUUUUUGAGCAAAGUCUCGGAGUUUUUUAAGAAUGAAAAUGAGCAAGUUGUGCAUCUAACAGCCAAAAGACUGGUAACUCAUGAUCCUGUGGAGGGCAAUGCAGAAUUCGACAGUGUAGGGAAUCCUCUUUAUGAUGUGUCGAGAAAGGCCCAAAGUAUUGAGGUCGAAAAGUGUUCGAAUGAAGUUUAUCCAAUCUUGAUAAGGAUGUGGUAUGGUAAGCGAAAAUGUUCAACGAUUGUGAAGACUGAGACCCUCGAUAAGUUUUGGCAGGAUUACUCUUCAGUAGUCAAGGGUUCUAUGAAAGGCCUCAUCAAGAAGAAGAAGAAGAAGACAAAGGCUUCUGGUAUCAAGAGUAAGAAAGAGAGAAAAUAA